AACCCCUCCUUCUCUUCUAUCUCUCUCUCUUCCCCCAUCCAACAAUUGUUUUGUUGUGUUUUGUUUGGUUGUCUUUGAUUUUUGUUGCGAGUGAAUCCAGUAUGGAGCCUCAGCAGCAACAAGCAGCAAACGAGGAUGCUGGGGGGAGUGGAAAAGGAGGGUAUUUGUGCAGGCAAAGCAGUACAAGGUGGACUCCCACAAGUGACCAGAUAAGGAUACUGAAGGACCUUUAUUACAACAAUGGAGUUAGGUCCCCAAAUGCAGAGCAGAUUCAGAGGAUCUCUGCAAGGCUGAGGCAGUACGGCAAGAUUGAAGGCAAGAACGUCUUUUACUGGUUCCAGAACCACAAGGCUCGUGAGCGCCAGAAGAAGCGCUUCACUUCCACCUCUGACCAUCUCCCCGGUCCCAUGCAUUUGCAAAGACCCCCUUCUUCUACUACUACCAACAUUCCUCCACCUGCUAAUUGGAAGCCUGAUCACGAUUCCAUUCUUCACUCCAAGUAUUCUAACAUGCCACCAUCUCACGGCGUUUCUUCUGCAUCAUCUUCUACUGCUGGGAUGGUUACUCUGGGCCAGAUGGCGAACUAUGGGUAUGGAUCUGUGACUAUGGAGAAGUGUUUUAGGGACUGCUCAAUAUCAGCAGGAGGAAGCAGUGGCACCAUAAGCCACAAUUUGGGAUGGGUAGGUAUGGAUCCGUACUCAAACUACACUAACUUCUUGGACAAAGUAAGGCCUGGCGAUCAAGAAACCCUGAAGGGAGAACAAGAAGGAGACGAUGGAGCUCCUGAGAUUGAAACCCUCCCUCUGUUCCCCAUGCACGGCGAGGACAUCCACGGCUACUGCAACCUCAGGUCUGAUUCUGCUUACUAUGGCGGUGGUUGGUAUCACGCCGAUGAAUAUGGCUUCAAGAACAAUGGCUCUCACCGUACUUCUCUAGAGCUCACUCUCAACUCCUACACCCGCAGAUCUCCAGACUCAACUUGAACCAUCGAUUACUUUCCAUGUUCCACUUCUUAAGUUAGAGAUGCUAGCUUGGCUUAGCUAUGUUCCUAUAUUCAGGUUCUGUAUGUGAAUUACUGGUUAAGGUCCAUUAACGAGCACAUGAACCAUUUAAGAAACAUGUUCCAU